AUGGAUAACUACACUAAAUCCAAUGUCAUUAAAAAUAAAAAUCAAAUUAAAGAUUUAAAAGAACAAGAUAAUAAAAAAAUUAAAGAAAUCCUUUAUUUAAAAGAAGAAAAUAGUAUUUUAAAACAAGAAAAUAGUAGUUUAAAACAAGAAAAUAAUAGUUUAAAAGAAGAAAUUAGUAGUUUAAUACAAGAAGUUGGUUUAAAAGAUGAAAGUUGUAAUAACUCAACUCAAAAUGAUUUAUUUAAUAACAAAAUUAAUGCUAUAGAAUUCAAACUCACUAAAUAUGAUAAAAUAAUGGAUAAAUUAGAAAAGAAAGAAAUUGAAUCUUUAGUAAGAUUAACUGGUUUAUCAUUAUUUUUUUUAGAAAAAAUAUUGUAUCCAAAAAUUUCUUCUUGUAAAGGUCAAAAAGUAACAUGGAAUCAAUUUAGAUUAUCAUUUACUACAAGAGAAGAUUAUAAAACCACUGCUAUUAAAGAGUAUGGAGUUUGCUUAGAAAAAUUAAAAGAACUCAUUGAUGAAAGAAACGAAUUAAUGAUUCAACCAAAAACUGAUAUCAAAAGAUCCCUUCAAGAAAUGACCCUCCUAUCCUACCUUUUACCAACCAAAUACAUAGAAUUAUAUCACCAAAUAAUUGAGGCAUCUAAUAAUUACAUUUAUAAAUAA